AUAAACAAUUAUAAAUGCGAACUCACAUGGCAUCGUCACCGUCCUCCUCCUCCUCUUCUAAUUCCCCCUUCCUACUUCCUCUUUCUCUUCUUCUCCUUCUCCUUCUCCUCCUUCUCCUCAUCUCAUCGUCGUCGUCAACGGCUGUCAAUGGCCGCGGUGGCGGUGGUGGUGCGUCGUGUGUGAUCAGCAGGGAGAUGUUCAACGCCAUUUUCCUGCACAAAGACGACGUCGCAUGCCCAGCCAGGGGCUUCUACUCCUACGAAUCCUUUGUGGCAGCCUGCAGGGACUUCCCUGCUUUCGCCGGCGUCGGAACCAUAUGGAUCCGAAGGCGGGAGGUGGCGGCCUUUCUGGCGCAGAUAUCCCACGAGACGACGGGAGGAUGGCCCACCGCCCCCGACGGUCCCUACUCCUGGGGCCUCUGCUUUAAGGAGGAGGUGAGCCCGCAGAGCCGCUACUGCGACGCCUCCGACACCCAAUGGCCUUGCCGCCCCGGCAGAUCCUACCAUGGCAGAGGGCCCAUUCAGCUCUCUUGGAAUUUUAAUUAUGGGCCGGCGGGCAAGGCGCUGGGCUUCGAUGGGCUGGGGAGCCCAGAAGUAGUGUCCAACAACUCGGUAACCUCGUUCAAGACGGCCCUAUGGUUCUGGAUGACGGAGCGGAGGCCCAAGCCUUCGUGUCACGACGUGAUGAUAGGCCGAUACAGGCCCAGCAAGGCGGACUUGGAGGCCAAUCGGACGGCUGGGUUUGGGCUGGUGACCAACAUUAUCAACGGUGGGCUGGAGUGCGGUAAGCCCAACGACGAGCGCGUUAACGAUCGCAUUGGGUAUUUCCGGAGAUACGCCCAGCUGUUCAACGUUACUACUGGGCCCAACUUGGAUUGUCAAAAUCAAAAGUCCUUCUAGAAGAGUCCUAAUAAUGAAGUGAGUGCUUACCACUAACCUUGGAAGCAUUGAAACACUCUUUUAGUGUAGCUUUCCGUUUUGACAAAUUAUGAUUGAGGCUUUGUUUGGAAGGGCUCCUUAUCCUAUUUGUAAGAAAUAAAGAAAAUUGAAUAAUAAAAUGGCUUUUAUAAUUAAUAGU